AUGGAGGAAGUCUACAACGAGUGUUUCGUCAUGUGGCUCGAAGAGGCCGAAGAGCCCGAAGACAAUGUCCUGGCGUUGACCGUCUCCUUCUUAAGCGUCCAAGCCAUUCGAUUCUGGAUUGCUGGCACCUUGCCAGACGUUGAAGGACUCGAUCCCUGGGAACUAGAAACCACUCGCAGCAUGGAGGACGUCGCAGCGCUGUUUGCCGCUGGAGCCAUCUUCUGUGCUGGCACUUUUGCUCUAGACAUUUAUGCAGGUAGACACCUGGAAAUAGAGAAUGGUGAGCAAGAGGAACCUCGCGUUGUUCAAGUGUCAAUGGCUGCUUGUAACCAAGCCUUCGCUUGGAGCCUUUAUUUCGCUUGCAAAUGGAAUUUGGCAACGCAUGUCUUCCGAAAUGCUCCGGAGGAAAAGAUGUUGCUGCAACUGGAAUUGGCGACAGCUGUUUCCCUACUGGCCUUUUUCGCGAUUUGGGUCUUGGACAAAUUGGCCGAUCUGGAAGCCACUGGAGACGAGACAGACCACGCCAUCAUCCAGGUCAUUGGAGGCUUUUCCAUUUUGGUCGGCUUCGCUUGGGAGCAGUGCUUCGAUCGCGCCAUCGAGGUCAUUGCAUUCAACCAAGAGGAGGUGAACCAUGUGCCGCCAUUGAUGUCCAAGCUGCUCUUGGCGGCCAUUUGCAUUUGUAUCAUCAUCCCAGCCUGGCGUACAUGGAUCUUGCCCAUGGUUCUCCGAGAGGGCUGGCGGUUCGGUUUCGUCAUCGAUGGCAGCGACAAGAUCUGGAGUCGGGUCUUUCGUAGCAAGCGCUGGUUCUGGCUGAUGCAUCGCUAUGGCAUCGAAACGGUCGGCUUUAAGAAGCCACCAAAGGCUGCCAACCGAAACCAAAGCCAUGCCUUUCAGAAGCGUCGCAAUGUCAAAGGAUUGUUUAAGAUUCUGACGCGCGAGAAGUACCUGCAGAUCCAGAACAAAAUCCAUGCCAAGGAAUCUGGGAAACCAACUCCAACUCUGUUGUACAACUGCUAUGGAGGUCUGGGUGAACCGCUCUUGAACAGCGACCUGGUGGCGGUGCAUGAGGCCAUGGAUGCGCUCAACAGGCAACUCCUGCACCUCUCCCACGACACGGAAAAACUCUCCAUGAAAGCACGAGCUUCGUUGGAUGCCUUGGGCAGCUUAUGCCCUGAGACGGUCCGGCGCCUACCUCAGUCCGCAAGGAGCCUGGCCGAUGCGGAGGAUGGGAAGAAGGUGGUGAAGGUUCUCGAACUUCGUGAAGGGGAUCGCAUCUUCGUGCGAGCCGGGGAGGUGAUUCCGGUGGACGGGCGGAUCCUCGAUGGCCUCUCUCAGCUGGGUUUGAGUCACCUCACAGGGGAACCACUGCCACAGGCGGUGUCUCCGGGCGACAGAGUCACCUCGGGUGCCGUAACCAUUGAUGGAGCUUUGCUGAUCGAGGUGCAACGACGGGCAGAGGAGUCCACACUUCAGCGUUUGGCCAAGUUGACAACCGAUGCCAAGGUCACCCGGCCGAAACUGGUCACCCUGGUGGAUGCGGUGGCUGAUCGUUGGUCAUUUGCUGUAGUUCUUAGCACUCUGCUCAUUGCUGCAGCACCACCACUUCUUUGGCGUGCUCCGAUUGGACCGUCACUAUAUCGAUCCUUGGUUUGGCUCAUCACUGCCUCGCCAUGUGCGCUAAUUCUGGCCACUCCUUUGGUCUAUGUUUCUGGACUUUCUGUGGCAGCCGCCAAUGGGGUGCUCUUGAAGGGCGGCCGCACCUUGGAUGCGUUGGCCGUUGCCAAUGGAGUGGCCUUCGACAAGACUGGGACGUUGACCACAGGAAGCCCAGUUCUGCAAAGUGUGGAGGACGGAGUGCGGUCGAAUGAUGGUGGUGGAGCCAUGGAACUGGCCCAAGUCUUGGAAGGACUUGGUUGGACGGUUCAGCACUUGGCUACGUUGGCCGAUGCGACCGAUGACGAGCUGGACGAUGUGGUUGGCCAGGCUGAGGAAACAGCUAAGAAGGGGUUCGCCAUCAGGUUGCUAAAAGACUUGGUGGAACUCACGGUGCCUGCAGCUCGUAUAGCGUGGAAGGCUGAAGGCAGGGCGCCAGAAGGAGAGCUGAUGCAAGCUCACCUGGCAAAACAGUUGCAAGACAAGUUGAACGAGCAUCGUUCCAGAGCGGAGGCCAGACUCUUGCAGAUCGUACCACGUCAUGGGACGGCCAAAGUGGUUCGAUGGCCCACGAGACUCCAGAAGAAAUUGGAGAUGGCUGGACCGAACCAAGCGUUGCGGGACAGCCUGGAGAGGAACGAGAGGAAUCGAUGGAUCCGGGAAUUGAAGGUGUUCCUGGAUCAGGGCAAGGCACCUGUCAUGCUUAGAUGUCAGGUGAUGGAAGGAGUGGAUAUGACCCGGCGAUUCGGCAAGGGCCGUCGGUCGACCACACUGCGGAAGCAUGUGAGGACUUGGAAGAAAGUCAGGGACUGGAUGGCCGUCACCUUCGGCAAGUUCUGGCCAGAACAUCCAGAAGAGUUUGCAUUGUACUUAGAGAGUCGUGCAAACGAGCCUUGUGGACGGACGGUCCCAGGGUCUAUUUUCAAGACGUUGUUGUUUAUGGAAAAUGCUGGGGAGUUCCCGUUGGAGGAACAAUUGGGAAGAUCUCCGGCAGUGAAGAAUGUGUUAGAAGAGAUCAACUUGCAGCUGUCAGAGGAAGCUCCACGGUUCGCCAAGAAGGCGUGGCACCUACCACUGAAGGUGGUGAUAUGCCUGGAAGGCAUGGUGCUGGACUACGGUUUGGAGUCCUAUGUCAGGUGCUAUGCCUGGUAUAGGCUGAUCAAGCUAUGGAGUGGAAUGAGGUUUUCUGAUACUCAGGGGAUGGAUCAUAAAUCCCUUGAGUGGCAAGCGCAUGGCAUCACCGCUGUGCUAACCAGAACAAAGACCACGGGGCCUGGGAAGAAAGUGAGUCUUCUCAGGAUAUGGAUCAGCAAAGAAUGCUGGGUCCAUGAUGAGACGUGGAUUUCCACGGGUUUCGAGCUGUGGUUGAAGCUGAGCCAAGAGUGUGGAGUCAUGGACAGAGACUUCAUGCUACCGGCUCCCAAUCGAGACCUCAGCGGGUUUCUGAAACGAAUGGCAAGUUACUCUUUGGCUUCGCGCUGCUCACAGGCGCUGUUCAAGGACAUGAAGAUUGGGUUUGAAGGCGCCACAGUGCCUCUCUUCGAACACGGAGUGGGGACUGUUUGGUCAGAGCACAGUGAAAGGGCUACUAUGCGUACCUGGUCUGAGGCAGCUGGAAUACCAGCGGAGAUUCGCAAACAGAUGGGCCGCUGGGGUCCAACAAUCGACCAGGGCUACGAAAGAACAUGGCGCGCCAACACAAUCAGGGCGCAAGCAAAGGUGGCUGACUUCGUCAGGCGGAGCAUUGGGGGGCAGGACCCCUUUGAUGAGGCGCUGAUCAUGAGUGCCAUUGCAGCCAGGAUGGAGCAGAUUGGCUGUCCAGGCGGCGUCAUUGAAAUCCAGAUGGAGAAGCUGGCAGUUUUCGGGAAGGGUCGUCCCCGGAAAAUCCUGAGACUGGGAGAACCAGAACAGGCGUGUGAAGAGGAAUCUUUUGAACGAGACUGGAACUUGGUCGGGCAUAUGACAGAAGAGGAGACAGCAGUUCAAGACGACACAGAGGUGCCACCCGACUGUCCUUCCAGUGGCGAAGAACUGGGUGAUCGGUGUGAGGCAGGUGAAAUUGUCCCCAGAGGGGUCUUCGUCCUCAGUAUUUGGGGACGAGGAAAUCGAAAGACGCUUCAUCGCGUGGGAGAGUGUCAUCGAGUUCCUGGGGUUCACUACAAGAAGUAUGAGGUGGUGGGAAAUGAUCCACCGGGAUCCGAUACGUUUCACCAGUCUUGCCGAGUGUGCUUUCCACGAGGCAUGGCUGCAGAAGAGUCGGAUAGCGAAGCUUCCGAUGAAGGUGCCAGCUCCUCUGAUUCAAGCACAUCAGUGGACGAGUCAGAGGAUUGA